AUGGCUUGCUACACCGAUACAGGUGAGGAGACUCCCGCAGAAGAUCGAGUUCGCUUGCAUUAUCAAUGCCUCUGCCAGUGCAGCAGAUACAAUUGUUAUUUGAUACAGAAUCAUUAAACUUUUCUUCGACGCGUUGUUUGUUAUUGUGGUUUAGAGACUGAAAUACCCACGCUGAUUGAAAUCAGUGUUCAGAAACGGUAGAAGGAGAAUAACUACAUACUCGGAAAUGCUUAUUUACUUUAGAAGUUUUGUGCUACUUUAGAUGUGGCUAAAGGAAUCAAACCUAUUCAAGGUACAUGUACAUUAAGGCUUUCACUCUAUUUCUGUGUUCCAGAACAGUUCAGGCCACUCGGGGUUCACUGGUAUUGAUCUUGUAAUAUUUGCAGAUAAAAAUCACUGUAGGAAUAUCUUGUAAACAUAUUUUGAAGGUCACCAAAUUUAAAGAUUGGCAUGUAUACUCAGAGUACUUAUAGCUUUGAUAUUGCAACUUUCCUAGAUUUAGAAAUAGGAUCAUUUUAUCGAAAAAUUCCACUUUGGUUACAGUAUCGUUUCAGCUGUGCCUCGAAACUUAGGGCUAUAUAAGCUUUGCCCAGCUUAGACAGAUGUCACUUGCAAGUCUUUGCUAAGAAACAAAGAAAUACAUACAACCAUGUACAAACUUGCGGUAAGUUGUGUUCAGGCGUAAUUCUUUACAAUGGUUUAGAUAUGGAAGCUGAUUUAUUCUAGGUAUAUUUUUUUCGUUUUGAUUUUUAUCUAUCCAAAUUUUCUGGCAGUAACCAAAGAUGCAGUCAAGCCAAAUAACCGAUUUAGCGCAUUUAAUUCUCUGGGCCGAAAUCAAUUUAGAACAUGUUCAUUGCUGGCCAUAUUUGAUAGGUGGUUGCUCGUCCUCUAAAACGCAUGGUUCUUGAAACGGCUCCUAUUUCAUUAUCACAAAAUUGUAUAUUAUUCCAUAAGCACCCUGAUUAAGUGUACACCUUUGGAUGUUGAGCACCAGUAGAGAGGAUUAAACAACUAUGUAUAAAAGAAGAGAUAACACGGCCUUAAAAGUACGAUGUAGCCAGCAUCAAGCCUGAAACACAGAUAGCUUUUUGAAAAGCGGCAGAAAACUGAAACCAGAGCAAUUGGAAUCACCACUCGAGAGAGGAAGAAGUCAAUGGAUAACUCAAAAUACUAUUGUCAAGGGCAAGAGAAACAACUGGUUUGGUGCUUCAGAUGAGUUGUUGAAUAUGUAAUGAGUUCCUAAAGCCAAUCAAAAAGGGAAUUAGAGCAACAUUAAAGUAGUCGCCAACUUCUUUCGAAACUCACAAGUUGUAUGGAAAUCACUUAAUCGCCGGCGAGUCAUUUUAAACAAUGUUGCAACGUUAAGUUUUUAUUUUCCAAAGCUUUCUGGUUGAUUAGAAAAGCAUAGCAAUAAUACUAACACAUUUCUUUGAGAGUUCAACGUUCUGUUAGAUAGGGUCAUGGUUUUAAACUCGGUUUACAUGUCCAUAUCAUCUUUAAAUUCAGGUUUUAGUAUUGCUGACUUCCUGUGUCGCGGUGUGUAGUUUGCUAUGCAGUCAAAAUUGGAGCAGCCUUGCCACUUGCCUUGGCAUGGAUUCAAACAAAACGUCCUCGGAUGACAUCCUUAGGUUCAUUCAUCGACGUGGUUAUAUGAUCGUUCCUCCGUCCAACCCUCCAACUCAAGACCAAGGAUCCCAAAAGAAGAGGUCGAUUUAUUCUGGAAAAUGUCCUUUCACGUACGUAGUGAUAGAUUUUAUAGACACAGUGCCGAGGUUUGUCUCCAAUGCCACAUGCAGUGGCUGCGACGUCCGUUGCAAGGCGGUCUCAUACACCGUGAGGCUUCUUCGCAGGAAAUGCGGCGAUUAUUGGCUAUGGGAGGAGCGAGACGUUCAAGUUGCAUAUAUUUUGGCAAUUUAA